AUGGCGUUGGUUUCAGCAGCUCCAUAUAUGGCGCUCUUAACAGAGCCAGACACGAGCGUCAAGACAUACGCAUUGUCAUCUUUGAACGAAGUCGUGGAUCAAUUAUGGGCAGAAAUUGCCAACAGCAUCACCGAGCUAGAGGAAUUAUACGAGGACGAGUCAUUUGAAAAGAGAACACUUGCUGCCUUGGUCAUUUCAAAAGUAUACUACAAUUUGGGUGACUUUGAUGCAUCUGUGAAAUAUUCGCUCUACGCAGGUGACGAAUUCAACGUCGAUGAGCAAUCUCAAUAUAUGGAGACGAUUGUUAGCAAAUGUAUUAAUUUAUACAACUCAUUAUCGCAAAAAAAGUUUGACGAUUCAGCAGUGGUGAUUGAUCCAAGAUUGAAAUCUAUCUACGAAAGAAUGUUGGAUAAAUGUCUUAAUGCCAAUGAGGUAAAAUUAUCACUCGGCAUAGCAUUGGAGGCGUACAGACUAGAUUUGGUUGAGUCUAUAUUGAAAGAUCAAAUUGCACAGAAUGAAGAGACUGGAUUGAGCUUGAUCAGUUACGUUUUGAAAUGUACAAACACAACCAUUGAAAAUCCAAGUUUUCGGACAAAAGUGCUCAAUUCCUUAAUUUCAUUACUCUUGGGAUUGAAAAAACAUCAAGACUUUUUCACAAUCACGAAAAUCAUAGUUCAGUUGAACGAUUCGGAAUUGGCUACAAAGUUGUUUAAGGAGUUGAUUGCACAGAGUGAGGAAUUAACAGCAUACCAAGUGGCGUUUGAUUUGGUUCAUACUGCGACCCAGCAAUUAUUAGACGCUGUCUUGAAGUCAUUAUCGACAGAUUCAAGCUCGGACAAUGUGAUUACACGCAAGGUGUUGAACAUUCUUUCUGGUGUGCCAACGUGUGAUUUUGACAAUACUUUUCUUUACAGAAAUAAUAACACCGAUAUCACUAUAUUGAACAAGACGAAAAACUUGCUUGAUGGUAGAAGCUCAGUGUUCCAUUCUGCAGUGACAUUUGCUAAUGGAUACAUGCAUGCAGGAACCACAGAUGAUUCAUUUUUUAGAAAGAACUUGGAAUGGUUGGGUAGAGCUACAAACUGGUCAAAGUUCUCCGCAACAGCCGCACUCGGAGUUAUUCACAUGGGCAAUUUGUCACAAGGUCGUACAAUUUUAAAGCCAUACCUUCCUGGUUCGUCGAGUGCCGCACAUACUAAAGGUGGAUCUCUUUUUGCAUUGGGGCUUAUUUUUGCCGGUCAUGGAAGAGAAGUGACCCCAUUUUUGAAAAAAUUUAUUGAUAACAAUGGUAAUUCUGCAGGUUCAAACGACAUUGAUAUCCAACUUCAUGGUGCUUCAUUAGGUGCUGGUGUUGCAGGUAUGGGCUCAAGAUCAGAAGAGCUCUAUGAGUCUUUGAAAGUUGUUCUUUAUUCCGACUCUGCAAUUUCGGCUCAAGCUGCUGCAUUGGGUAUGGGUUUGGUUAAGCUUGGUGCAGGAGAUGAAGCAGCCACUCGUGACAUGCUUACAUAUGCUCUAGAGACUCAGCAUGAAAAUAUCAUUCGAGGCUUAGCUAUUGGUAUUGCGUUGGUGCAAUAUGGACGUGAAGAUAAAGCAAACUUUAUCAUUGACGAAUUGAUGCAACAAGAGUCUUCGAUCUUGCGAUAUGGUGGUGCAUUCACUAUCGGUUUAGCAUUUGCCGGUACAGCCAACGAGUCAGCAAUCAAGAAAUUACUUCAUUAUGCUGUGUCUGAUCCAAGCGAUGACGUGAGACGAGCUUCAGUGAUGAACUUGGGUUUUGUUUUGAUUCGUGAUUAUACUGCUGCCCCUCAAUUGGUUAAAUUGUUGUCUCAGUCACACAACCCACAUGUCAGGUAUGGUACUGCUUUGGCUUUGGGUAUUGCAUGUGCUGGAAGAGCUUACGAGCCUGCCAUAGAGGUCCUUGAGCCAUUGACCAAGGACUCAGUUGAUUUUGUGAGACAAGGUGCCAUGAUGGCGUCUGCAAUGAUUUUGAUUCAGCAAAAUGAAUUUAUCUAUCCUAAAGUAAAACAAUUUACAACUCAAUAUGCUGACACAAUCAAAAACAAGCAUGAGGAUGCAUUGGCCAAAUUUGGUGCCACUUUGUCGCAAGGUAUAAUUGAUGCAGGUGGAAGAAAUGUCACAAUUAAUCUAGAGAAUGCCCAGACAACGACUUUGAAUGCAGGCGCUAUUGUUGGGUUGGCAAUAUUUGCUCAAUCAUGGUAUUGGUUUCCAUUGGCUCAUUUCUUGUCUUUAUCCUUUUCGCCGACUUCCAUAAUUGGUGUUCGUGGUUCCGACUUGAAAAUCCCCAAGUUUGAAUUAAACUGCCAUUCGAACCCUGAGUUGUUUCAAUAUCCACCCAAGAUUGAAGAGCUGAAGGAGAAGCAACCUGAUAAGCUUGCUACUGCUGUUUUGUCAACUACUGCAAGGGCCAAGACCAGAGCCAAACAGAAGCAAUCCAAGAAAGAUGAAGAAGACGGACAACAUGUGAUGGAUGUUGACGAGAAGGAAGAAAAGGGUAAGAAGAGUAAUAUCACCACUACCAAGCUGCAAGAAUCUGACACGAAAAAAGGCGUUGAUGGUAGAAGCACAGACGAGAAAGAAAAGGAGAGCAAGAACAACAAGGGCAAAGAAGAUCUGGGCUCUCACCAACCAGCACUGCAGCAACCAGCCACAGUUCGCUACACCAAGAGUGCCUACAAGAUUGAGAAUUUGUCGCGAGUUUUGCCACAACAAGCUAAUUAUGUAUCCUUUAUAAAGGAUGAUAGAUUUGUACCUAUUAGAAAGUUUAAAGGCAGCGGAGGAAUUAUUGUUUUGAAGGACACAAAACCAGAGGAAAAGGCUGAAUUCAUCAAGACAGUGAGACAAUUGAACAUCACUGAGGCACCAGUGCCAGAGCCAUUUACCUUGAGCGGAGAGGAUUUGGAAGAUGACGAAUAG